AUGACUUCUGCAGAGCAUUUUAUUAGCCUGAUAACUGUGGCAAGUGCCAAGAAAUUGGCCACCAUUCUUGUCACAUGCUUUAUUCUGUAUCAUGGAGCAAUACAUCUUAUUUACAGCAGCAAUUCUUGCAAGUGGCUAUUAACAGAAGGGAGAUACAAAGGAGACAAAGAAUGGCAACCUUAUGGUUGUAUGAUGCAUCAUUAUACACAAACAGACAGUAGAAGAUGUUUACGUUACCUGGCGUUUAUGGGUCAUCGUAAUCAUUUUGUCUUCAGUGGGGAUGCUAGAAUAAGACAGUUAUAUAAAACAUUUGUGUCACAAUUCAUAGUUCAGGGUAAAGCCUCUGACUUAACAGAAUUACCAGAAAAUUCAGAUUUGACUUUUCAUGAUGCUCAACUCAGAUUAUAUGUUCAAUUUUUAUGGAGACCCAAAUUGGAUGAUUUAAUGAUAGAAGAUUUCCGUGGUUGGAUGAACGGUGAUGCUCCGGGAAUGAUAAUUGCAGGCUGUGCAGUAGCUGAUAUCCUUAAAAAUAACGUUAGCAAUGAUCAAUUAUAUUCAGAAUACAGUACAGGUCUUACACGAUUAGUACAACCAGCAGAUACUUUAGCUCAAAAGGGUUCACAGUUCCUUUGGAUGAUGCAGGAUCCUGUAAUUAAAGAAAGACUGCCUGUCCAAUUAGCUACUAUUGAUAAUUGGCAAAUUAAUAUUUGCAAUAAGGCUGCUGUGAAGAUCUUGUCACAUAGUGAAGCGCACUUGUGGGAGAGUUGCAGACUCGUAGGUACUGGUGUCUUGGAGCAAAGUCCUGAUGGAUAUUUAGCCAGUCCUUUAUCAUUGCGACAUAAAAUUCAAAUAUUGCUCAACACCCACUGCAAUGAUCACAUGAAUUUCGAUGAUGGUAGUUGUUGCAGUUACCCUGAAGCUGCUACUACUUUACAACUAGUCACAUUAUCAAUUCUUGCUUUGUGUAUAAUCAUUGGGGCCAGCACAUGGAUGUAUAGAAAGAUAUGCCAGUAUCGUACAGGAGUUACUUAUACUCUUGUAGCAACACAAGAAAUACAAAGAACUGAAGAAGCUAAUAGUGCUGAGAGUGUAAAACCUGAACCAGCUCAGCCACAUGAUUUAUAUACUCUAAUCACUUCAUUGGCACUUCUCUCAAUUAUCCUUUUAUACUUUUAUCUCUGUGACAGAACUAAUUUCUUCAUGAAAGAAAAUAAAUACUAUAGUGAAUUUAGUUUUUGGUUACCACUGGGAUAUAUAUUGGCCCUUGGAUUAUUUUUCACUGAGGAUCGUGAAAGAGGGCCUAGAGCUUUAAACAGAGAACAAACAGAUGAGUGGCGAGGACUUAUGCAAGCUGUUGUACUUAUAUAUCAUGUAACUGGUGCCCGCAAUGUAUUACCAAUUUACAUGCACUUAAGAUUAAUUAAUUCUGCCUACUUAUUUCUUUCUGGUUAUGGACACUUUUGCUAUUUUUGGCAAAGGGGUGACGUGUCUCUUGUCAGAUUUGCCAGAGUACUGUUUAGACUUAAUCUACUUACAGUGUCAUUGUGCCUCUGUAUGAAUAGACCAUAUCAAUUUUAUCAUUUUGUACCAUUAGCGUCCUUCUGGUUUUUGGUUGUCUACGUUCUUGCAUGGUUACCACCUAGAGUGUACUCAGGAAGUCUUGCUGAGUAUGGUCCAAGAGCUUUGCUGUAUUUAGCCCUAAAGCUCUUAGGACUUGUGUCUGUCAUAACAAUAUUAUAUAUGUCCGAGGUAUUUUUCGAGAAAGUUUUUGUCACUCGACCUUGGAAAGCACUGUUCGUUACGACUGACGAUGACAUACGUGAAUGGUGGUCUCGCUGGAGAGUAGACAGAUAUAGCGUAGCCUGGGGCAUAGCAUUUGGAGCAGGUUUACUCGCAUUGCAAAGAAUAGACCAUAUUCCAGGGACAGCUUUAGCCCCAGUCCUGGCAUUACUGUCUUUAGCAGCGUAUACUACCUUUACUAUACUUUGCCACUCAGUCUCUGAGUGUGAAGAAGUUCAUUCCUACAUAGCAUUUAUACCAAUAAUUGGUUAUAUUGUACUUCGAAAUGCCUCAUUGCCACUUCGAGGUAAACAUUCUGUACUCCUAGCUGGUCUGGGUAGAAUUAGUCUGGAAGCUUUGGUGGGUCAGGGCCACGUCUGGCUGGCUGCUGAUUCUCAUGGGGUUCUUGUACUUUUACCAAGAUUCCCAGUACUCAACCUAUUGGUUACAUCUUUUAUCUUCAUAUGUGCUAGUCAUGAGGUACAUAGACUGACACACGUGUUGGCUCCAUAUGCUGUGCCAAAAGAUUGGAGACUGGUAGCUCGUAAUUUACUAUUAUUUAUUGCUGUUCUUGUUCCCAUUGGUAUUCAUGAUGGUAUGUUCUAAGUUCUAAGGAAACUAAAUACUGAAACCAUAUUAAAAGUUUAAUUCAUUAAACCGAGAUAAGUUUUUGAUGUUUCUCGUCAUUUCUGUCAAUAUUUUUUUCUGUUGUAACGUGACAUUACACUCUUGAUGAGGAAGCGGGUUCAAAAGCAACACUAGAGAAUUAUUGCCUAAGUAAUUAUCAAGCCAGGGAGUAAAUGCUAUGUCGUAAUUGCUGACGCCCGGGAUUGAUAUUCCGUGGAGGGCCGGGGUGCAAAAUUUGAUCUGAACUCAUAAUUUUUCAUUUUUUUUUGUCCCUGAAACGCUCUCUGGCAUUCAAAAUCCGAAUUAAAAAUUAUAACGAGUAAUGUCGGGUGAGCUCCUUACAUUGUAUAGCAAUAAUGUGAUAUAUUGGUCAAAUUAAUUAAAAAAAUUAGUCAAUUUGAUAAAAGACAUUAUAUCAACUUAUUGUUUACGUAAAAUAAUAAAAAGUGCAAAAUAU